GCUUGGUGCACAUCACAGUCACAGAACCAUCGCUCAACAAGCCAGUCGUCUUCCUUAGAUAUUUUAUAAUAAUAUAAAUAUAUAAUAAUGAAAUUGCUCGUGGUAGCCGCUGUCCUCGGAGUCUGCUUAGCAGACCGCCUUGACAACAAAUACCUCCCUCCCAGAGGAAACGCUGGCGCUGGUGGCUUCGGCCCUGGCUUCGGCGCUGCCGGUGCUCCCGGCUUCGGUAAAGCCGGAGGCGCGGGUGGCUUCGGUGCCGGUGGAGCUGGCGGCUUCGGUGGAGCCGGACGUGGCGGAGCUGGCGGCGCUGGAGGAGCCGGAGGUUAUGGUGGCGCCGGAUCAGGCUUCGGUGGCGGAGCCGGUCCCCAGUACUCUGGCAACGCAUACAACGCCCCCGCUGGUGGAGCGUACGGUGGUGCCCGCGGUGGAAACUCCGCUGACGCCAACGCUCAAAUCCUCAAGCUGAACAACGAAGUUACUGCUGAAGGAUUCGCUUAUGACUUCGAGACCUCAAACGGUAUCCGCGCUGACGCUCAAGGUGUUGCCACCAACGGAGUUCAGUCUCAAGGAAGCUUCGCCUACAAGGGAGACGAUGGCCAGGACUACAGCAUCCAGUACACCGCUGACGAGAACGGAUUCCAGCCCCGUGGUGCCCACCUUCCCACUCCUCCCCCCAUCCCCGAAGAGAUCCUGAAAUCUCUGGAGCAGAACGCCCGUGAUGAGGCCGCUGGCAUCGUUGACGAUGGUACCUACCGCGGUGAAGGCGCAGGCGCGGGCGGCAACGGCUACGGAUCUGGUCCUGCUGGUGGAUACUCUGGUGCUGGAGCUGGUGGCUUCGGAGGCGCUGGUGCUGGUGGUGCCGGAUCCGGCUUCGGAGGUGCUGGAGCCGGCCGUGGUGGCGCUGGAUCCGGAUUUGGUGGUGCUGGAUCCGGAUUUGGUGGAGCCGGCGCUGGUCGUGGUGGUGCCGGAGCUGGUGGCUUCGGAGGCGCUGCUUCUCGCCAGUACCUCGCUCCCAACGCUGGAGGCAGAGGAUCUGGCUCAGGAAACUUCAACUCCCAAACUGGUUACCAGUACUAAGAUGGAUAAGCUCGUGGUGAUGUAUGGAGGUCAUGGCUGUGCAAAUAUAGAACAGGAAUUUAACAAAAUUGUCUGAGAAAUGAAGUGUGAUCAUCAGAUAGGAAUGGAAUUACGUUGAUUUUUUAUAAAAAUCAAUGUGAUUUUUUAUAUUUGUGAAAUUGUGUAAAAAUCUUAAAAAAGUAUGUUUUGAUUUGCACAGUCGUUGAAACAAUUUUCGUUACCUUUGUUAUUGAACAUCGUAUUUAUUAUUAUUCAUUUUUCGC